UCCGGCGAGUUGUGACACAUUUCGAGGGUAGCUCUCCUCGAGGAAUCACGUUGAGACAGUUGUUGGUUGAUCAAGUGUGGAAAGAGUGUUGCUGAACUUGUGCGAUUGGUACAACGUAUCGUCGAAGAACAUUUCGGAAGGAACACCACCCACGUGGAAGGACUCUGGAGGGAGGAAGGGCCUUGCUGGCUGACACAUACGCUUUUCGACAGGCGGGCAACCAAGUAACAGGGCCAAGGAUAUAGAAAGCAUUCCCGAAUAACAGGCAUAUAGCCAAACUCCGGAGAUCAUCAACGGGAGGAAAGCACCCAUCACAGAGGCACCCCACUUUACUCAACACAAGCCGGAUUUGCCGAAGACGCUGAACUCCCCCAGUCUCCUCAGCAAGAAGUGGUUGAACGUCUUAUUGGCAGCAGGCAGAAAAGUGGGUGGUUGGGUGAGUGGGUGGCAAAAAGCCGCCGCCGCUUGGAGAGAAGACAAACUCCGAAGAAGACGGUUGCCUCAGCUGGAAGCGUCUAGCAGCAGAAGCAGGAGUACACACACAGAAGUCGAGGAAAAGCAAGAGCAGAAGUAGGGGUAGGAGGACGAGGGCCAACAUUCCAUCUUACAUUUUUCCUCCAAGGAUAAUAAUAGUCAUCGGUUUGGCCCUACUGCUUGGGCUGCUGCUGGCAGAGCCGUUUUGUGCUGUUUUACUCGUCGUCGAGUGCGGAUCGGUUUUCUUCCUGGAGGACCCGAAAUCUCUGGCUGGACCAACCAAGCGCUUUUCGGAGGAGUUCCUACUACUACUUGGCUGCUAAGCUAAUCAGGAAGAGUGUGUUGUGACUAGUAGGAAGCCCACCCACAAAGUGUGUACAAACCAAUGAGUGAGUUUUAAGCAAGGAGUUUGAAAACCAAAAAAAAACUUCAACCCAACUGGGAGAAAACUUUUUGGAACAUCGAAAAACCAACCAUUCUGGAGUAAACAAAACCAAAACCAACCAAAAAAAAAAGUGCCAAAACAAGUGCAGAGCUCAAACGAGAGUGUUUCAAAUUCAAAUUUUUGUAAAAGCAGUUUCCUUUCUUCUUUCUUCUCUCAACACUUUUUGCAACGGUCUCGGAAUUUGAAAAUCCCUUGAACAAAUUCCUUGUGGUGGUUCCGUUCCUGUUUGUGGUGCUCUUUCGAAUAAAAACCCGUUGAUACGACCACGUGUGUGACUUGGCGCAUUGCUGGAAUCGAAAACCUAAAAACCAACGAAACCAUUUUCGCUGAUUGGAAUUGUACUGUGACAUAAAAAAAAACAAAAUUAAACGCGAAAAAUUGGAAAUCAAAAUUUUCUUCGGUGUGAUUUGAACGUGAUUUAUUGUGAUUCGUGAACUGUUUGGAUUAAAACGCAUUUUUCGGCCCCUCUUCUGUAAUUGAAAAAAAAAAAAAUUAAAUUUCCAUUUGCGAAAAUGGCAGCUAAACGGAAGGCAAGCACGGCAUUGCACAGCAAUUCCAAGGACACAAUUGCAAUGCCAUUCAACAAUGAAUCAACAGAUAACAACGGGACGGGUGGAGGAGCUGGUGGCGAAGAUCCUUAUGCUGGUCUCAUAAAAGAUGCUGACAAAUUCAAACUGAUGCUGCUGGCAUGGAACUACCAGAAUUCGGCGGCAGGUAAAUCUGCCCAAAAUGGCGCCGAAGGUCCCGACCUGGCCACCAUGACAAAUCUCUGGCAGCAGUAUCAAAACGCUCUAGCAAUGAACGCGAAAACAUCUUUCCCGAUCACCGAACGACAACAACCUUCUCCCAUCGAACAACAGGACGAAACCAACUCUUCGGAACAGAAAGACGACGAUGAUCAAUCGGAUGAUGAUUCGGAAGAUCGCAUCGAGGCCACAGUUAACGAUCCCGAACGGCUGAAGGCAUUCAACAUGUUCGUGCGAUUGUUUGUGGACGAAAAUCUUGACCGAAUCAUCCCGAUCUCAAAGCAACCGAAGGAAAAGAUCCAAGCCAUCAUCGAUUCCUGCACCCGACAGUUUCCGGAAUUCGCCGAACGGGCCCGCAAACGUAUACGAACCUAUCUGAAGUCCUGCCGGCGAAAUAAGAAAACCCGCGAGGGUUGGGAAAACACUGUAAGUGAGCCUCGUCCAACGCCAGCUCACCUAACUUCCGUGCAAGCCGAACAGAUUUUGGCCGUGGCCUGUGAAAACGAGAGUCUAAAUGCCAAACGGAUGCGACUAGGGCUGGAACCGAUCAGUCAAUCGGUUAACCAAACAACGGCGGUAAGUUUUAUGACAACGGAACCGCCGAAUGUUCCAAAUCCGUAUCAGAACAUCAGUCUGAAGUGUGAAACCGAAACGAGUCCUGCGAUCAAAUCCGAGCCAAUGACCACCGUUCCCAAGUUGUCCCCGAUCCCCAAUACGACGCCGGAUCUCAAUCAGAUGAAGCUAAACAUCCCGAGCGCCAGUGCCAGCUCGACGCCCACCAUCCCGACGACGGUUCCGACCAUCUCCAACUUCCACGACUACAACACCGGCUUCCCGAACCGGUCUCAGCACUAUCAGAACUUCAUGAACUCGGUCAACAGCAGCUCCAACAGCACGAGUACGACCACGUCCGCUGCCGGAACCGGCCCCAUUUCAGCGCCCACGGAUCUAUCGAUGAAGCGGCCAAUUCUGGCCCACAAACUGAACAGCGCAGAAAUAACAGCGGUCAAGCAACUGGUCACCGGAUAUCGGGAAAGUGCCGCCUUCCUGAUGAGAAGCGCCGAUGAGUUGGAAAAUUUGUUACUCCAGCAACAGUAAAAAGAUCCGAGUUCCUCCAUCCGAGCCUAGAAGUCGCAGUUUAAGUUAAGCUAAAAUGCUGGUGGAAGGAUAAUGUGUAAAAUGUACUUGUGUCAAAAUUAUGUGCUAAUUUGAUGUAAAAACGUGUUAAUUAUACAAAAAAAAGUUAGAAAUGAAACAUUUGAAAACGUAAAAACCGACGAAAAACUUACAAAACACAGGGUGAUAUAGAACUACAAAUAAAUUAUAUUUAUUUAUUUCAAUCGAAAGCAGGUCCGCUGAGGAAAGUUUAAACAAGAACCGAAAAUGCAAUACAUACACAUGAAUGCUUUAUAUAAUAUACAGACAGGCAGGUGCAAGGAUGUUGUGAAGAUGCAAUUUUCGGUUGCAAUCCCCCUCCAAAUGGUUCCAAUUGUGGAACGGCUAACUAAAUAGUGUAUAUUAGCUGCUAUCAAUUGCAAUUUGCCAAAAAAAACUUACCAAGAAAAAACUAGAAAGUACUAUUAUUGUAAAGCGUAGACCUAUGUAAAUUAUUCUUUACCUCUUGAUUAAUUCACACAAAGAUCCCAAUUCAUUAUGAAAAAAAUAUGCCAACAAUGGUGACCUUAA